CAUGUCAAAGGAAGAAGAAGGAGAAGCAUCGGAUUUUCAGCGAGGACGCCAUACACAGUAGCCUGCGGAAAAUCUGCCGCCGACAAUCGCCGUCACAUUUCCCUCCUACAGUAACACCUCGGAACCUUUCAGAACGAGGUCCAGGCACUUUUCUUGCGAUAAGAGCAUCUCGCAGCCAUGUUGCAAUGGCUCCACCAGGACAGGAGGAACAGCGACUCGGCGAAGCGCCAGCCUCCGGCCGCCAUGUCAUCUCCCUCGAUGACACAGUCUCCCAGCACGCCCUCCACGUCUAUGGCGGGCCACUUGCGCUUCACGUCCGGCACGAACGCCGGUACAGUGCGUUCAGCAACAAUGCCCACUGCUACCGGAUGCACCACUACGCAAGUCCCGCGUGGGCCCGCGAUAUCCGAGGUGGCCCACAGCUUCUGGAGCAUGCGCGUUGGAGGCCACAGCACGAUCUCUUACCUGCGAAAUGUGCAGACUCGGCACCUGGCGUUCCUCGUGGCGAUCAUCCUCAGUGCGAGCUUUCUAGCACUGAUGCUGGUCUGGACACUCUGGAAGGGCCAGGACGACAAGGGACACGUGCUCGCGGUCGGUCACUUCGGCACGUACUAUGGCACCAGGUCCACGGUGUCCGGCGUAGCUGUGGGUGCUUUCCUUGGCGUGCCGUACGCCGACCCUCGCACUCUGCGCUUCGGGGCACCCGUGCCCUGGUAUCGCGAGCAGGAGGUGUUUGACAACACAGCAGCAGCACCGAGUUGCGCACAGGCGUCGCCAAGCCUUGACGAGAUGAAUGCGAGCACAUCAGAGGACUGCCUGCACUUGAACAUCUGGGCUCCAGCCUGUGGCCGCCACCCCUGCAGUGGAAACAGGACAGUCAUCGUCUUCAUUCACGGUGGCUUUUUCCAGACGGGCAGCAACAACGACCCUCACUACGACGGCCGUGCGCUGGCCGCCUUAGGUGGCGUCGUCGUCGUAGUGCCCAACUGGCGGCUGGGCGUGCUGGGCUUCCUUAGCCUGGCGCGCAGCGACGACGUGCCCAUCAACGCCGGCCUGCUGGACCAGGCCGAGGUGCUGCGCUGGACGGCGAGAAAUGUGGACGCCUUUGGUGGCAACAAGUCCGACUUGGUGGUCGUCGGCCACGGGUCCGGCGCCUCUGCUCUCGCUUACCACCUGAUGCUCGGCCAGGGCCUGAGUGACGUCGCUCCGAUCCUCAAGGUCGUUCUCAUGAGCGAGAGCCCAAUGACCAGGUAUCCGGUGCCCAACCGAGGCCAGGAAAGCGGUCACAGCGAGUACUCGAACGCAUCGGUGCGGCUUUUGUGCAAGGAGGCAGAGAAGAUUAAGUCAAGCUUGCUGAGCUGCCUGCGGAAGCUCCCAGUGGAGGAACUGCUACGAAGACAGCGUGGAGAUCCGCGAGAUAUGCCCCAGUUCUUUCCCAUGCUGCCGGUGAUGUGGCCGACCAGGUUGUGGAAAGAGCUCAAGGUGCCUCGCAACGUGACAGUUCUCCUGGGAUUCUCGGACCGCGAGGGGCCAGAUCUGGUGCGCUUCUUCCAACGCUUCUUUCGCCUGGGCACGGAGCGGGACCUGCGCGAGGUUGCGCGUUCCAUCCUCGGGGUGCUUCGCUUCACGUCCGCCGAAGCCACGGCCAUCCUCGAGCACUACCCCGAGGCGCAGGGUGCCGCGAACUCCAGCUGGCUCGAGCAGCUCUUGUCGGACCUGCUGGCCGUGUGUCCGGUGCGCUUCUACGCGGAACGCCUGCGUGCCUCGGGCAACAACGUGCAUGGCUACGUGCUGCACUGCAAGAACGUUAACGGACAGUGCGUCAAGCCGCUAAGGGACUACGCCGUACGGCUGCUUUUCGGGUCCCCGCUGGUGCUGGGCACGUCGUCUUUCGAGGAGCAGGCGCUGAGCCGACGUGUGAUCUUGCGUUGGGCGCAUUUCUUCAAGACGGGAUGGCUCGCACCGGCAAUCGACUCAGUGAGGCAAGGAGGCAUUGCCAUCGCCAUGGUUUCGCUCAGGCACCCUACGUCUAAGUGGGCACCGGACCUGCGUAAAGAAGAGUGCGACAAACUCAGGCCGUACUUCUCAGCCUUUAUGGAGUGAUUACCGAGAGAUGUCAUGGACUAGCUGCCAUUUGUGCUUCCUGCAGCCAUAGUUUCAAGAACUGUAUUAGUUAUCUCAUUCUCUGUUUUUUUUUCGCUUGAUUUGCGCUGAACAUCUGCAAAAACGUGUAAGGGGAUUCCACUAACGCGUUAUUUGAACUUUUACGCUGUAUGUCAGAAUGCUUAGUUUGUUUUGCACGUUAUUUGACCGCGAGACUUUGCCAUUUAGUGAAGCCCUUGCAGAAAUUACAGAACUGGUAGAGACGUUGGUAGCCAUAUACUUCUAAUUUAGAGGCUUCUUGAAAUAGUAGUGCUAUAGCUCCUACUCUUCUGCGCUUACAUCAUCGAUUAACCAAGAACUGUUUGCAGACGUUUCGUUCCCAAUCGAAAUAUUUGUUAUCGCAUUAGAUACGUGAAGGUUGCUUUUGGCACUAAGGUUGUAGUGCUUAAAAUAUUUAGAUUGCAUUGAACUGUACGCUGUUUCAUGGCAACUGCUAACUGUAAGCGCUGUGCAUAGCAGGGCAUUGAUAUAUACGUAUAUAAAUCUUAACAGAUUGUUCAUGUAUAGAAUAAAUAAAACGCGCGAAAAUUGCUGAUCAGUUGGCAAUAC